AAAAUCGUUUCUUCAGGGCCCCUCAAAAACCUUCCUCCGCUCGUCGAUGAAUCGAUCGAUCCCUCAGAAGAUUUCUGUUGCUGCUGCUGAGGAUCCUCGAGAGAGUCGUCGCCGUCGCAGAGAAGUGGCGACUGAUCGACAGAGCGAUCUGGAGCUGGAGCUGGAGCGAGUGCGGGUUUGUUUCUUCUUUUGGCUGGGCUGAUGGAAGGAAGCGGCGCGGAGCUGCGGUAGAAUUUUGGGCGGUAAUUGUGAAGCGGGCGGUAAAUGAAUGGCGGGGCAUCGGAAGGCGUGCACUGUGAGCGACGAUGGGAUGGGGCCUCGUUCUUGAUUCUCUGCUUUUGGUGAAUUUUGGACGGCGAAGUCUGACGCUUUUUGUUCGGAUGGAUUCGACGGUGGAGUUGGGAAUGGGGCCUGAGGGAGUCGGUGGAUUUCUGGUGGUUUGAAGAAGCGUUUGCUCGAGUCGUCAAGGGAAGGGAAGGAUUGGGUCUGAGGACGGGACCGCAGAUUGGGUGUUCGGAGCGGGGCGAGGAGUUUGAGAGUUUGAGGCGCUGCGAUGAUGGAUUUGCAUUGCGGGAGUGAUGUUUCGCUUGAUCAGCUGAUGGGCUCGUUCAAUCACCGGAUUGCCGAGUUGCAGCAGCUGAUGCUCACUCGUGGCGUGCAGACGAGUAAUUACACGGCGGAUUUGGGGUCGCUGGACGUGACUGUCAGGGCGCUGGAGCAGCAGCUUCUGAAAAUUAAAGCUCACUUGAAGAACGACGCCGAAGCGCUGUCUCAGGCGCAGACUCUGAUUGAGUUGUCGUCCCAACAGCAGAAAAAGCUCCAGCAGAUUUACUCCAGGCUCCCUUCGCAUCUACCUGGAGUCGACCCCGUGAACAUGGAGGUCCCGUACACGAGUUUUCAUCCGCCUGCGCUUGAGAAUGGCAAUGGUUCCAUCCCUCCGAGUUCGACGGGCACUCCUGCGAACAAGGAGAAGAAGAAAGUGGGCCCUCCGCCCAAAUGGUACCUCACCUCGGAGGAAUUCGCUUCUCUCUCGAGCUACAUGAGGGGUCGACUCACCCUCGACAAAGUCAAUGGUGCAAUUGAUGAAAUGGCUGGAUUUGCUGAAGCGAACGCCAAACUUUUGCGAACCAAGAGGCAAAAAUUAGGUGAUGACAUUGUAGAGCGAGUUUUGGAACUUCGGGAGAUCGCUUUCAAUGAGGCGGUGAAAGGGAAGUACUUUUUUCUGGAGUCAGACAUGCGGGGACAGAUACUGAAGUUGGACAAUACGGGAAAGGCCAUUUUGACGAUUCUCCGUCACUUGGGUCGGCUUGGGGAGUUUCGAUUUGGACGCCAACGAGCAUUCACUCUAUCAAGGCCGUAACAUUUCUGUAGUAAAGGACCUUCUGACAAUUAGGAUACCCGCGAGUGUUUGAGAAGUGAUGCAAUAUCUCUGAAACAGUUAUAAUCAUGGAGCUAUGCUAUGCAGAGACUCCACAAGAUUUAUAUCACAAAAUGCUGAGCUUGAACCGGAACCUUAUGAAAGUAUAGAUAACGACGAGCCCGUGGACAUCUGAUUUUCAGGCAUCCGUCCGUAGGGCUGUCGCUCUUCGCUCUUAACUUCCAACAAUACCGCUCUAGCUUAGCCACCUUACGGCUUGCCCCAUCCAUUGGAUGAAUUGUUUAUGCCUCUGCUUCUUACCUGCAGUGGAUGUUGCACAUCAGAAUCACCAUCUUGUAAACUCUGAAACUCUGUAAUCUGAAAUUAUGACUCAAAUUUGAGAUGAGACUCACGCAUUUAAAUACUGUUCUGACAAAGAUGUAAAUUCUGCGCUCUGAUGGAAUGAAUUGAUGCUCUGAUCG